AUGUUCAUCAUGCCCGCCGGCGAGACGCACAAGACGCUGGAGACGGUGCAGUUCAUAUAUCGCUGGCUCGCGGAGCGCAAGGCGGAGCGCGGCCAUCUGAUCGUGGCGGUCGGCGGUGGCGUCGUGGGCGAUCUUGCGGGCUUCGUGGCUGCGACCUACCUGCGCGGCCUGCCCUUCGCGCAAGUGCCCACAAGCCUGCUUGCCAUGAUGGACGCUGCCAUCGGCGGCAAGUGCGCCGUUGACCUGCCGCAGGGCAAGAACCUCGUGGGCGCGUUCUAUCAGCCGAAAUUCGUACUCUCCGAUGACGAGCGCGAGACGCUCGGCAUACGCAUCCUGCUGAACUACGGUCACACCAUCGGGCACGCAAUCGAGGCUGCCACUGGCUACGGCAGUUUCCUGCACGGCGAGGCCGUCAGCGUGGGCAUGAUGGGCGCGGCGCGCAUCGGCGAGGCGAUGGGCAUGAUGUCCUCGGACGAGGUGGAGCGGCAGCGCUCCCUGCUGGAAAGCUAUGGCUUGCCGCUAACCUGUGGCGAGAUGGACAUCGCCGCCGUAAGCAACGCAAUGCUGUCUGACAAGAAGGUGGCAGGCCGCGCCAUUCGCUGGGUGCUCCUUGAUGGAAUCGGCAACGCAACUACGCGCAACGAUGUGCCGCCUGAACUCGUCCAUAGCACACUUGAACGCCUCUCCCGCGACGAGCCGUAG